AGUUUAAGCUAAACAAGUGACUGAGAAAAGAGUAAAAAUUAAAAUAUUAGAAGAAGAAAAAGGAAACAAAAGUGCAUAAAAUUUAAAAAAAAAAUCCGGUUUUGAAGUUGAAAUAAAGUUAACAAAAAAAAAAUUAUUAAUAAAAAAACCUGUUAACAAAACAUAAAAAUUUUCUUUAAAAGAAAACUUAUUAAGAAUUUAAAUAUUUUUUAUAAAAAUAACCAAAUUUAAACAAAAAUUUUGAAUUUGUAGUAAUAUGUGCAAUAUUUUAUAGUGCUAAAGAAAUUAAAACAUUUGCUGAAUUUUAAUUAACUUUUUUUUGAUAAAACUUCCCAAAAAAAUUUUUAAGCAAAAAUAACAUUCAACAUGUCUACAGACAACAGAGAAGAUGAGUACAGUAAAUUUGUGCCGCAAAAAAUAAAUUAUCAAAUUGUUGCCGCCACGGAUGAAAAAGAUUUGUAUCAGCAAAGAAAGUUAAGCAAUGCGAAUGGCAACAACAACAACAAUAAUAAUAAUAAAAACCUUAAAAGAACCACGGAAAUGCGUGGUAUUUAUCAUCAGAUUAUUUCUACCUGCGCUGUUUUAAUUUUAUCCGCGGCCUGCGGCAUGCCCAUUGGUUAUUCGGCCGUUUUAUUACCACAACUAUCAGCCUCGAAUAAUAUACCCACUAACUCUACGCCUGAGAUUAUUAUUGAUAUAGAAAUGGGUUCUUGGAUUGCUAGUGUCCAUAGUUUAGCCACACCUAUUGGUUCAUUUUUAUCGGGACCCAUGGCCGAUUAUAUGGGCAGACGUUCGGCUUUAUUGGUUUCAGUUUUACCCCUAUUCGCCGGUUGGUGUGUAUUGGCUUUAUCACAAUCCUAUACUAUGCUGUUGAUAGGACGUUUAUUGUGUGGUUUUGCCACCGGCAUAUUGGGUGGACCGGCACAGGUUUAUAUUGCCGAAACUGCUGAACCAAAUUUGCGUGGCCUACUAAUUGGCGCUCCCUUUGUCUCCUACUCUAUGGGUAUACUUAUCGUUUAUGCCCUAGGUUCGGCUCUACACUGGAGAGGUGUGGCCUGGUGUGGCAAUAUAUUACCCGCUGUAGCUGCACUCGCCAUAUUCUUUAUACCCGAAAGUCCUGCUUGGCUAUUGAGACAUAAUAAAACCGAGAAAGCCCAUAAAGCUUUAACAUUCCUAAGAGGCAAUGAGAUUGUUGCCCAAAAAGAAAUUAAUGAAAUGAAAGAAAGAUUAGAUAAGGAAGUGGCCAGCACCAAAACAAAUGAGAACAUAUUCAAAUUGUGCUGUCAAAGAGUUGCCAUUAAACCUUUAGUCAUUGUUAUAGUAUUUUCAUUUUUACAAAUUGCUUCUGGUACCUUUAUUGUGGUAUUCUAUGCUAUUGAUAUUAUAUCUGAGUUUGGAGCAGAGUUCGAUACCAAGGCGGCUGCUAUUUGGACUGCUGUAGUGAGAAUGGUUUGCACCGUUAUGUUCUGUGUGAUUUUGCUGUUUGUGAGAAGACGUCGUAUUUUAAUAUUGUCCGGUAUUGGUUCGGGUCUUAGCUGUUUGACCUUAAGUGUUUAUAUGUUUGUGCGUGAGGGUCAGCCCAAGGGAGGAGCUGAUGUUAUAGUUGCUGGAGUUUGUUUACUCAUUUAUAUUUCCUUCAAUACCUCACUGAUGGUAAUGCCGGGCAUUAUGAUUGGUGAACUGUUCCCCGCUAAAAUAAGAGGUCGUACUGCCGGCGCUGUAUUUGCUGCCAUGAAUGUGGCUCUCUUCGCUUUUACCAAAGCCUUCCCACUCAUCCAUUUGUCCAUUAGAAUGAAGGGUGUUUUCAUGAUCUUUGCCGUAGCCAGUUUUGUGGUUUCGAUAUUUAUGUGGCUUUUCCAACCCGAAACUAAGGGCAGAAGUUUGGAACAAAUCGAAGACUAUUUCAAUGAAAACAAUUGGCUGUGGUUUAAGAGAGACAAAAGCUAUAAGAUGGUAGCCACCAAAGAUAAUGCUAGUAAAGCGUAGACAUUUCUACCUCAAAAUAAUUCGUAUAUAAACCAUUUUAACCUCGCCAUCGGGCCUCGAAAGCCCUCGAAAUGUGUCAUUCUUAAAUUAAACGGCUAACUUUAUAUCUUAAUUGUGUAAAUGUUCUUUAAAUCUUCUUUAAAGAAGAUUUUAAAGAGGCUUUUUGUUAUUAUUAAACACAAAUUUUCCAAAUAAAUUUAUACUUCUAGGGCCUUUUCAUGGAUUUCUUUCUUAAGCAUUUAUUUGAAAUCUGUUGAGAAAUUUUUAAAUUUUAAAGUGUAUUAAGCUUUAAAAUAAUUAUUCUAACAAAUAGUUAUUUUGUUAAUUAUUAUUUAAAUUAAUUUUUUUGUUUUUAACCCAAUAUGAGAAAAUAUUUGUGAUCUUUUAAAUUCCAAGAAAUAAUAGUUUUUAAUCGUAGUUUUUUUAAGUAAUUAUAGUUUAGUUUUAAGGUUUCAACUUAAGGAACAAUUUUAUGCUUAAAUAAAAAAUAUAUGUAUAAGAUAUACAUUUUAAA